CGUGCUUGAGUACCAAAAUGAUUCCCCAUGAUACGAACCUUGUCCUCGUCUAGAUUUUAUAGAUCCUCCUUUACCAUUCUUUCUUGCUUUCAUAGAUUAGAAAAGACUCCAUAGUGGUCCAGAAACUCCACAAAUAUGACGGAAAGUAAGAGGCCGGUGUUCUUUUUCGACAUUGAUAAUUGCCUCUAUUCAAAAAGUAAGAAGGUUCACGACCACAUGACGGAGCUCAUCGAUCAAUAUUUCGUUAAGCACUUGGAAUUGACUCAAGAAGAUGCCUUCAAGCUUCAUCAGGAGUACUACAAGACAUAUGGUCUAGCUAUUGAAGGCUUGGUUCGACAUCACAAAAUAGACCCCCUUGAAUACAACCGCCAAGUCGACGACGCAAUACCUCUCGAGACUAUUCUCUUUCCCGACCCCACGCUGCGAAAACUACUUGAAGAUAUAGACAAGAGCAAAGUCAAACUUUGGCUUUUCACUAAUGCCUAUGUCACCCACGGUAAACGAGUUGUCAAAUUGCUUGGCGUGGAGGACAUGUUCGAAGGUCUGACGUUCUGUGACUAUGCUCAACCUAAGAUGAUAUGUAAGCCGUACCCCGAGAUGUACGCCAAAGGUAUGAAGGAGGCAGGUGUAGAGGAAUACAAAGACUGCUACUUUGUUGAUGAUUCCUUUCAGAACUGUCGAAAGGCCGAGGAGCUAGGGUGGACAGCUGCACAUCUGGUUGAAGAAGGAGAACCUUUGCCAGCAGCAAAGGCAUGCAAACAUCAAAUCAGGCAUUUGGAGGAGCUGAGAACUCUCUUCCCCCAGUUCUUCAAGACCUCGUAAUACGAAAAGCUUACCAUUGCGGUUACCGGAGUGUUGGAUUGGCAGCGAAGACCACAUAGAUCUAGAAAUAGAAUUCCUGGAAUGUCAAACGAUACCAAGAGUUUCUCU